GGACUUCAGAACUGGACAGCUACGAACUAGAUUGGACCGGACCUGACAGGAUACCUUAAUAUGGAUAAUGAAAAAGAUGAAACAGAGGAUCAGACAGAAGAUGUGCCAGAAGAUACAGAAGAAAAUGUGGCAGAGGAGACUGACCUAGAGAUUGUUCAGCUGCAGGGCCUGGUGACAGAGCUGCGCGAGGGGCUUCAUGCUGCUUUGACGGAGCUGUGCGAGCUGCGCCAGAGGGACAACAGCCUGGAGGAGAAGCUCCAGGCGCAUCAGACUGAUGUGGAUGAUAGGAUAAUGGGCCUCAAGAACUCGCUCAACACUUUCAAGGAGGAGCUGAACGUGGUGUUGUUCCACAUAAAGGAUGUGUCCAGCAGACAGAGGGAGGUGCAGAAGAAGAUUGAACUGCUGCAGUCAGAGAACACCAAAGAUCUCAUAUCUGUUCCACACAGAAAGGGCUCCAAGGCAGAUUUGCUGUCAGCAUCAGGGGAUGAACACAUCUGUAUGCCCAGCCAGGCAGACCUCAGUGUCAUUCAGCACUUCUUUUCCAGUCUGCCCAACAGCGGGUCACCACAGAGGAGCAACACAUCGACACAGACCUCUACCUCUGAGCAGGAGGCUCAGCAGCAGCUGCAGCAGCAGAGAGGGUGUCCAUCCAAAUCUCCGGCGUGGGGAGAGAGGAAGAGCAGCAGAGACGACACAGAGGCAGCCAACAGCUCCACUGAAAACAAUAAGAGACAGAGAGUGGCUCUGGAGCUGCUGGAGUCAGAGAGAGUUUAUGUGUCCCACCUGUCUCUGUUACUGAAGGCCAAUAUCUCCUUUAAUGGAUCAGAAGCUCUCACCUCUAAGGACAAGCGUCCAUUUCCGAGCACUCUGAGGUUUCUGAUCCAGCAGCACCUUGAACUCCUCCAUACUCUCCAGGAACGUGUGCUCAAGUGUCAGUGGCAAGGCAUCAUGGGAGACGUGUUCAUGAGACUCACCAGCAAAGAGAGUGACUUCUUGAACUUCUACGUGUCGUACCUGAAGGAGCUUCCAGACUGUCUGUCAGUCGUCACCAUGCUUGCCUCCAGCUCCGUGAAAUCUUCUGCCUUCCUGGAGAGUGAAAUAAUGGGAGAUGAAUCCAGACCCUCGCUCCACACUCUGCUCCUCCAGCCGGUUCAGAGGAUCCCUGAGUACCUGCUGCUGCUACAGGGGCUUCUGAGGCAGACCGACGCAGAGCACCCGGACUACUACCUGCUGCUGGUGUGCAUCCAGCAGUUCAGGUCCUUCACGGCUCAGUACCACCACCUCCUCCAGCACAACCAGGAGCUUCUGAUGCACAACCGCAAGGAGGUGAAGAGGUCGACCAUGAAACAGCUGUUAAAGACAAUGGAAGGUGGGAUUCAAGCGAACAACAUCGGCUCACCGUACCCGUGUAACAGUGCCAUGUUAGAACAUGCCAACCAGGUGAAGCGGAGCAAGCAGCGUCUCCUGGAGCAAAUCCAGUCGCAUCGGUUCCAGGACUGGGAUCGGGAAAAGGAUCAUGACCCUCACUGUUAUGACGCAGAGUGGCCCGCCCACGUCCCGUUCUUCAACCAUGAGCCGAACCACAAACCAUCAGGUCUUGGCAGUAUCCCAGAGACUGAGGGAUCUGAGAGGUCCAUGUCAUACCAGCAUCAUCUGCCCUCCAGACCUGCAGACUUCCGUCAGGUUCAACCGGGGUCUGCUCUAGCGGAUGCUCUCGGAGAGUUCCUUCUCCCUCCAGACCCCCCAGGGAUGGAGAGCCUCUAUGAGGAGGACAGAGGCUCCAUUCAUGAUGUCUCCAUGUUCGAUCGCUGCUCCAGUGCUUCUUCAGAUUCCUCCAUCGACAUCGCCUUUGUGAAGUGCCCCAAAGCGCCAUUAGCGUCUCAUCAUGCUAUGGCAGCCAAUGUGCCUACAACUCGUGAUGUCUUCGGCAAUGGAGGCAGCCAUGGGAAUGGUUACAGCAAACUGCCCAACCGAGGGUGUGUAUCUCCCGAUGAAGCUGUGAUGAUGCGCCGCAAUCAGCAUCGCCCCCUUCAGGCCAGCCAGCGUAAGAGCAAGUCACUGAACGGCCUGCAGAUGGACAACACAGUGAGUAGUGUGGAUAGUGGUCCUCUGUCAGACCACCUCCAAAGAUUGGGACUGGGCAGCCAUGCAAAGCUGGAGCGCCAGGGCAGUAAGGGCAGCAAAGGGUGCUCCACCCCGUCCCAUAAGGUCCACAGCCCCCUGGGGAACAGAGGGGACAUCGAAAAACAGGGCGAUGAUCUUCAUGGGCUGCUCAGCAUUGACUCCGGGUUCCAGUCGUGGGGCGACGAGCCAAAGUGGAGGGCGGGGACAGAGGAGAAUAACCACACCCCCUUCAGCGAGAGGAGCAGGAAGCAGGACAAAGGAGGCUUCAGAAGCUCGUUCAAGAAACUCUUCAAGAAGAAGAGCACUGAUGAGAAGAAAGAGAGGGGAGGCGAGAAAACACCAGACAACCAAAACAACGGAGAACACGAGACACCGGGGAAAAAUCCCAAACUGACACAUCUGGAGUUAAACCGUGGCACAGCUGUAUGA